CCUACCUGGAGUUCAUGGUGUCUGCUAUGAUUUCUGUCCUCCGUCAUGCUCGGGAGACUUAUAUUUUUUCUGCUUAGGAGGGGUGGACCUGGUGGACCGACGAGGCCUUGUCGACCCAUACCCUAACGUUAGUACAGCUUGCUGACCUCCUCAGACCUGAAGGGUCGUUCAUCCUGGGAAUCCCACAUCAAUGUUAACUCGACCUGCAAGAUUAAUUUUCGUUCUACUACCUUCUCACUCACCAGCAGACAAUUACCCCGAUGAUUAUACCUAGAGAAUACCUCCGGGCGUUCAUAUCCUGGUUAAGGCUCAUCCUCAAGACGACUGCAUCUCGCUUAUACACAAGUCUCUCCUCUGUCCUCCUACGACUGAUCCGAUGCUGUCAACUCGCCGGGAGUGGACAGGAGAGAGCUUGUCGAGAGGGUAUCUUAGCGUUGAGCUCUCAGCCAGCCGAACAAGACAGGUUACCGGCUUCUGUGACUCUCGCAGUGCCACUAAGCUCUAUACCCGAGCCCAGCAUCUACAUUACGUCACCACAGUCUCCGGUCGAGUCCAGCAUCAACAUUACACUACUGCAGCCUCCGGUGUCAGGACAGUCCCUUGAUAUCACUCUAACCCCCAUUAUACCAUUUGAGAUCAGACGAUUCGACAUCCUGUGGAAUGUAAAGAUCAAAGAUGAGCCCGAGUAUAAAGUAUUUGAAAUUGAGAAAGGUCCUUUGGCUUGUUCAGAGGAGCUUGCUCCGGUAGCGGGAUGGGAGCCUCUCACACACCCGAACGGGGCUUUGUUCUUCUAUCACCCAUAUCAAAGAGUUUUCACUGAUGCCAAUGUUCGAGACCCUGCCACUGCAGUCAGAAUGGGCAAGGCUGCUGAGAAGGUGUACCAAGAAGCAUGGAAUGCAGACGUUAUCUUACAACCGUCCAUCGAGCUAGCGUUGGAGAUCACGAAGAAGAAUGGCCACAUACAGAUCGGCUACUACUUUGUUGAUCAUGAUAGACGUGUCAUUUUCUGGUUCGAAGCCCACAAAUCUGAUGACCUUAUGUGCCGUGUUCGUGGCGUAGAGCGCAAGAGCCACAUUAGGUAUGCAGUGGAAUCACAGUACUGGAGACAUGUUGAACUGUUUCCAAAUAAACGCUCUCUUCCGGAAAAUGUUGUCAUGCUACUCAAAGAAAUCGUCGUGCAUGCUCAGGCAGAAAAUAUCGUUGUUGGAACAUCCCAAGCAAAUUUUGCUUCGGACCAGGUUGAAAGAAUACUCGGCCUGAUGGAUCCGCUCACGAGUAGCAUCAACAGGGAGCAUGAGCACUCCGUUCAUAUCGUUGCUCGAUGCAUGAGUCGAAUCUGCUUGGCCAGAUUCCUAUGUUUUUGUGGACAACCAGGUGCCCGGCUUCACGCAUACCAAUUUUUAUACGGAUAUUCCAACACGUGCUCGAUGUUUUUUCGAGCCAUCAAUGUUCUUAUGUUUGGAUCCCCUCGGAUCUAUAGCCGCAAUUUUCAGAGGAUAACUGUCGAUAAAGUGUUACUAACGGGGCAGGCUAGAAAUCUUGUCGACAGGCUCAAGAGUGAAUGGAAUAUAUAUUCAAUAUUCUCUACUGUGAUGGUUGCUGUCGAUAUCAGCUUUCUCUCGGUCUCAUCCGUCCAAACUCAAACGGUUGUAAUCAUUUUAACAUAUAUGUCUACCCUCUGUGCCAUGGGCUCGUUGGCUUCCACACUAGUCUUUGCUAAACAAUUGACUUUUGAUUGGCGAUACCCCGACUCGGAUAAAUGUCCAACCUCAUUCAUAUCGGGAACUUCGCCGGUGAACGCGAUCAUGCUCAGUCUGCCGUUUUCAUUGCUAACUUGGGGAAUGAUAUACUUUGCUGCGGCAUUGUCUACUUUGAUUUUUCGUACCACUAGCCCUACCACCUUCCCCGUUGUGUUUCUGAUUUGGAUGCUCAUGGUUUAUUUGGCGGCAUUCAUUCCGCUAUACUACCUGUUCCAGUGUUUGAAGAGCUGGAUCCGACGUUUGAGGAUCUUAUUUCCGAGGUGGUAAGUUCAACUUGGGAUUGUUCGGGGUCACUACUAGCUCUGAUACCUAAUUUAAUGGUACUUUCCUUUCCACCGCAUGUACAGUUGUAUUGUAUAAGCCGACUUGCUUGCAUGGCUACAUGAUCUCAAUCUACAUACUUACAC